AGUGAGAGCUAAAUUUCUCAUGAUCCCCUUUUGAGAUUAAGGCUUCAUAUUCCAUCUUAGGAAGCAGAACCAGACUGCCUGGGGCGAGUCCUAGCUCCACUGUGCCCUGGCAAGGAAGCGUUAUCGGUUGUGAGCGAGGACCAGUCAUUGUUUGAGUGUGCCUACGGGACACCACACCUGGCUAAGACGGACAUGACCGCGUCCUCCUCUGGCGACUAUGGACAGACCUCCAAGAUGAGCCCACGCGUCCCUCAGCAGGACUGGCUGUCUCAACCCCCAGCCAGGGUCACCAUCAAGAUGGAAUGUAACCCUAACCAGGUGAACGGCUCAAGGAACUCCCCGGAUGAAUGCAGUAUGGCCAAAGGCGGGAAGAUGGUGGGCAGCCCCGACACUGUGGGCAUGAAUUAUGGCAGCUACAUGGAGGAGAAGCACAUGCCGCCCCCAAACAUGACCACGAACGAGCGUAGAGUCAUCGUCCCAGCAGAUCCCACGCUGUGGAGCACGGACCACGUCCGGCAGUGGCUGGAGUGGGCAGUGAAAGAAUACGGCCUUCCGGACGUUGACAUCUUGCUGUUCCAGAACAUUGAUGGAAAGGAACUGUGCAAGAUGACCAAGGACGACUUCCAGAGGCUCACCCCGAGCUACAACGCUGACAUCCUUCUCUCCCACCUGCACUACCUCAGAGAGACUCCUCUUCCACAUUUGACUUCAGAUGAUGUUGAUAAAGCCUUACAAAACUCUCCACGGUUAAUGCAUGCUAGAAACACAGGGGGUGCAGCUUUUAUAUUCCCAAAUACUUCAGUAUAUCCUGAAGCUACGCAAAGAAUUACAACUAGGCCAGAUUUACCUUAUGACCCACCCAGGAGAUCAGCCUGGACUAGUCACGGCCACCCCACCCCCCAGUCAAAAGCUGCUCAACCAUCUCCUUCCGCAGUGCCCAAAACUGAAGACCAGCGUCCUCAGUUAGAUCCUUAUCAGAUUCUUGGACCAACAAGUAGCCGCCUUGCCAAUCCAGGGAGUGGACAGAUCCAGCUUUGGCAGUUUCUCCUGGAGCUCCUGUCAGAUAGCUCAAACUCUAACUGCAUCACCUGGGAAGGCACCAAUGGGGAAUUCAAGAUGACCGAUCCUGAUGAGGUUGCCCGGCGCUGGGGAGAACGGAAGAGCAAACCCAAUAUGAACUACGAUAAACUCAGCCGCGCCCUCCGUUACUACUAUGACAAAAAUAUCAUGACCAAAGUCCAUGGGAAGCGCUAUGCCUACAAGUUUGACUUCCAUGGGAUCGCCCAGGCCCUGCAGCCCCACCCUCCAGAAUCAUCUCUGUACAAGUACCCCUCGGACCUCCCUUACAUGGGCUCCUAUCACGCCCACCCACAGAAGAUGAACUUUGUGGCUCCGCACCCCCCGGCCCUCCCUGUGACAUCAUCCAGUUUUUUCGCCGCCCCGAACCCCUACUGGAAUUCGCCAACUGGAGGUAUCUACCCCAACACUAGGCUUCCAGCCAGCCAUAUGCCUUCUCAUCUGGGCACCUACUACUAGAGCCCUGACGGAGGCCUUUCCCAACAGCAUACGAUCACCAAGAAAUUGCCACAAACUCUAUUGGAGAACGUGAAUCAAAAGUGCCUCAAGAGGAAUGAAAAAGCCUGACUGGCGCUGGGGAAGGAAGCCAGGGAAGAGAUCCAAAGACUCUUAGUGGGAGGGGAUUACUAAAGUAUUACUACAGGAACAAAGAGGAUGCUACAGAUGUAAUGUACAUGGACAUACCACAUGUGGACCAAGCUUAUAAGAGACGUUGUAAGUAGAAGCAUGGAGUCACAAGGACAAAGUGCCAAAGAAAGUGUUCUUAAGGAGUGUACAAACUCCAGAGAAGAGUUUGGGGUCCUGCUCAUGCAAAUGGGGAGGGGGGGGUGAAAGCAAAGCAAUAGUGGUAACACGGUCUUGACCUAACAUACCAUUGAAAUGUCAUUUUAAGAAAACUACCUGUAUUUAAAAAUAGAAACAUAUCAAAAAUUUGAAAAAAGGACGAAAGAAAGAGAAAGAAAGAGAGAGACUGGCCUGUGAACAGAUGGCCAUGUGGAACUCAGCAGCACUUGCUGUUUGGGGUGAAAUCCGAUUCAUUCCAUUGGGUGGAGAGCCACCAGCUGUCGCCAGCUGUGAAGGUGACCCAAAGCUGCCAACCCCUUGACAGCAUCCUGAGAACUGCAAGCCCGGCAGGGCGGCGGGGCUGCGAAUGUGUGUGCGGACAGCGAGCGAGUGGUGUAGACGGAGGGCUGGAGAAGGUGGAAGAGGAGGGAGCCGAGGAGGAGGCCACAGGGUGGGGAGAGACACUUGUCAAGCAGUAGAGACUGGACUUAGGACAGUACGGAGACUGGAGAAUCGAGUGGAGGAGACUUGCGGGUUCAUCGGUCAGUGUUCUACCAAACACAGUGUUAAGAGGAAGAGUACCGCACGGUGGAGGAGGACGGGAGGGGGACGUAGUAGAAUGCAGAAACAAAAAAUAUGCAUCUCUCUUUUUUUUUGUUUGUUUGUCAAAAGAAAAUUUUAACUGGAAUUGUCUGAUAUUUAAAAGAAACAUUCGGGACCUCAUCAUGAUGUGGGGGCUCUGCUCCCCACUGGGUCAGGUAAGAGGCGGCCUUCUUGGCUGCUGCCAUCCGAAACCACCUAGGCAUUGGGUUAGGCGGAGGCUCCGGUUUUCCUUUUGAGUCGCGAACGCUGUGCGUUUGUCAGAAUGAAGUAUACAAGUCAAUUGUUUUGUUUUGUUUUGUUUUGUUUUUUUUCCUUUUUAUAUAAUAAUUAUAUAACUUAUGCAUUUAUACACUACGAGUUGAUCUCGGCCAGCCAAAGAUACACGACAAAAGAGACAAUCAAUGAUAGAAUGUGGCCUUGAAUUUUAACUCUGUAUGCUUGAUGUUUACAAUAUGAAGUUAUUAGUUCUUAGAAUGCAGAAUGUAUGUAAUAAAACAAGCUUGGCCUCGCAUGGCAAAUCAGAUUUA